AGUCUCAUUUUGGUUUUUUUUUUAAACAAAUGCAUUUGUUUUUUUUUUGUGUUCGACUUGUGUGUGCAGUAGUGUAAUUGAAGUGACCAGCAAACGUGCGACCGGCUGUGGUAAAAUGGUUUGAGGACGAAAACGAAAACGUAAACGCGACGAAAAUUCGCAAUGUGCGUUAAACAUCAUCAACACCAGCAACAGCAACAACAACAACAACGAAAACAGCAUCAAAAUACGAGAUAAAUUAUCCAACCGAAAGCGACAGAAACACAAACACACACACAUAUAGAUGCAGCAACAAAAAGAAUUGAAACAGCAGCAGCGAGGCGGCAGCGUCGUCAGUGGCAGCGUGCUGCCAACCUGCGCCAGCUGCCUCUGCCCGCUGCUGACGUCGCCGUCGACGUCGUCGAAAAAACACAACGAUGAACCGAUAGUGAUGGCACUUGGCCAACAAUGGCAUUGCGAUUGUUUUCGCUGCUCCGUCUGCGAUUCCCAUCUCCACAAUUGGUAUUUUGAGCGUGAGAAUUUGCUCUAUUGCCGUGACGAUUAUUAUGCACGCUUCGGCGAUGCCUGUCAGCAGUGCAUGGCCGUCAUAACGGGACCCGUGAUGGUUGCCGGCGAGCAUAAAUUCCAUCCGGAAUGCUUCUGUUGCGCCGCCUGCGGUUCAUUCAUCGGCGAGGGCGAAUCCUAUGCGCUGGUCGAACGCUCCAAAUUGUAUUGCGGCCAAUGCUAUGGCAAAAAGAGUCGUCUCCCCAUCGAUGCGAGGCCACGGAUCACAAAAGCCGGCAAGCCGAUGCAUUCCAUUCGGCUCGUCGAGAUUCCCAAGGAUGCCACGCCCGGUCUGCGUGUGGAUGGCGGCGCCCUCGAUGACGGUUGUCCCACGGUCCGGAUAACCGAUUUAAUAUGUAAAUUUUACGGUCGCAUGGGCAAAUACGCGUUCUCCUUGCUAACCUCGGUGGCGGAUCGUUGUUGUGCUUCAUAUAGGAUCGAUGUGAAUCUGACAAAUUUACACAUUGGGGAUCGGAUACUCGAGGUGAACGGAACUCCGGUGAGCAACUCGUCGGUGGAACAAAUCGAUAAACUGAUACGGAGCAAUGAGAAGAUGCUCCAGUUGACUGUCGAACACGAUCCGGUUCAAGUUUGUCGCAGUUGCAGCCAGGCGGACAUUCAACGCGCGAGUUCCGCCUCCACUUUGAUUCUCCCGCUGAGCACAUCGGCAUCAAGUGUUGAGGUCGGUGGACGUGGUAGGGAGAGACUUUACAAGGCAGCUGAAUCGAAUGGCACAAAGGCACGCAAGAUGCGGCAACAAACGUUGCAACAACAGCAGCAGCAGCAAUCACAACAUCAACAACAUCAGCAGCAGCAACCACAACUCCUCAAAGAGAAAGAACGCUGCUCGAGUUUGUCGAAGCUGUUGGAUGAACAGCAUACGGCACAACAGCAUUCGGCGCAUCCGCAACUUUAUGAUUUAUCGCGGACGCAAAGCUGUCGCGUUGUCCAGAAGCCGCAGCGCAUUUUUCGCGCCUCGGAUCUCGUGAUGGGCGAGAAACUGGGCGAAGGAUUCUUUGGCAAAGUGUACAAGGUGACGCAUCGCUUGACCGGCGAGCUGAUGGUCCUCAAGGAGCUGCAUCGCGCCGACGAAGAGGCGCAGAAGAAUUUCAUCAAAGAGGUCGCCGUGUUGCGGUUGCUCGAUCAUCGGCAUGUGCUCAAAUUUAUUGGGGUCCUCUACAAGGAUAAGAAACUUCACAUGGUCACCGAAUACGUCGCUGGCGGUUGCCUUAAGGAAUUAAUUCAUGAUCCCGCCCAGUCGUUGAGUUGGCCACAGCGCGUCUGUUUGGCUCGGGACAUCGCCUGUGGCAUGAGCUAUUUGCAUUCCAUGAACAUCAUCCAUCGUGAUCUCAAUUCGAUGAAUUGUCUUGUGCGCGAGGAUCGUUCGGUAAUCGUCGCCGAUUUUGGUCUUGCGAGAAGUGUUGAUGCGCCACGUCUUUCCACGGCAAAUGCCAAUGCCAGUAACAGUAACAGUCCAGCCGCCAGUUCGGGAUUCGAUUCGAGUGCCGCUUUGUCGCCCAGCGGCACGAUGAGACGCAGCAAGAGUCGACAGCGCAGGCAGAGAUACACGGUUGUAGGGAAUCCCUAUUGGAUGGCGCCCGAGAUGAUGAAGGGCCUCAAGUACGACGAGAAGGUGGACGUAUUCUCCUUCGGCAUCAUGCUCUGCGAGAUCAUUGGUCGCGUCGAAGCGGAUCCGGAUUACAUGCCGCGCAACUCGGACUUCAGUCUCAAUCAGCAGGAGUUUCGGGAGAAGUUCUGCGCCCAUUGCCCCGAGGCGUUCGUCAAGGUGGCGUUCGUGUGCUGCGAUCUGAAUCCGGAUAUGCGACCCUGCUUCGAGACGCUCUACAUAUGGCUGGAGCAGCUGCGCAGUCUGUUGGAUGCACAGCAAACGCCGCCAGCGCGACUUCUGCACGAGAUUGAGAACUUUCAGGAUAGUUACAUCAGUUCGGAGGACGCAUUGUCGCCCACCUCCCAAAGGAGUCUUGACAAUCUAACCGCAGAGGCGACAACGACAACGGAGGCGGCAGCUGAAGAAAAAGAGAACGUGGAGCAGCAACCAGCGGAGCAACAGGUUGUGAUGCGGGCCCAGGACAUUCCAAAGUCGCCGCAUUUGGGCAAGGAUUUCUCGCCGAGCGGCGAGCGACUGAGAGACAGCAUGAGAGCGCGUCGUCGUCAGCGAUUUCUGGGCGCCCAGCAGCAACUGCGAGGCUUGACCCCGGAGACAACGUCAACGGAGCGGGCGCUGAAGCAGGCGCUAAAGAAAUGUCGACCCUUUGGGGAGAAGGGUUAUCUGGUUGAUUUGCGACCCGGUGGUGAGUUGCAGCUGAACGAUGUGCGUGAUUUGAACAACUAUUCGGAUGUGGACUCGAGUUGUGAUACGAGCUUAAACUAUCACGAAGUGAACGCCACGACGACGACGAUGGAGACGCCUCCUCCUCCUCCAACGCCGCCGCCGCCUCCCCUCGAGCAUCGUUUGGCCUUUGAGGAUAUGCGCACGAGGUUACAUCAGUGUCGCAGCAAAUUCGAGCAUCUCGAGGAGGCGAAUCGUCGGAAUUUCAGUCAAGCGCAGCACUCGAUGCGCAACUUUUUCAAAACGCCGCCGGUGGCCCUCAAAAUGUUUCAACGUCUCGAGCACGAAGCGUCCCUAAAUGGCAACGGCAACAACAACAACACUUCAACGCCGCCUCCGCUGCGUCGCAUCAAUCAGACGCCCAUCUUUGGACGUCGCCAGUUGCCGGCUGCUUUGCCACAGCUGCCUCAGUCCGAAUCCCUCGAACAUCUGGCGGCAACCGCAAAGCAAUCAACAACGACAACAACAACGUCGACGUCGACGACGGCUCCGAAACGCAGCAAAGCAACGCUUGUCACUUGCACCGCCGAGUUGCAUGCCCCAGCGUCAGUUGCUCCAACUCCAGCUGCUGCUCCUUCCACCUGCUCCGAGUACCUGCCCAAAAAGCACAAGCUAACGCUGCCUUUGUCCAACUGCAGCAGCAGCGGCGUCCAGCGAUCCACAGCCAACAGUCGACUGCAAUCGGGGGCUGGCAAAGCGAAGCCUCUGAAGCCACCAAUGGGCAACAGCAACAACUCCGGCAGCAACAAUCACAGCCACAACGUCGUUGGCCUCUCGCCAACACGCGCCAGACCUGGAUCGCCCAGCAAGCAUCUGGCUCAAAGGCACACGGCCGCCACAGCGCAGCGUCAGCACAACAAUGUGUCCGCUGCAUACCAGCAACAGCAACAUCAACAGGCAGCGUCGCAAGGCGGCAAGAGCAGCAGACUGAGCAUCCUCAGUCCGGAGAAGGUGCAUCGACUGGGCGCGCGUCUCAGCGACCAGAAGCAGCAGGCAGCGGCUGCGGCAGCAGCGCUCAAUGGAAGGGCCGGAGGCGCAUCAGCGACGACGACGGCGGGGAGUACGGGAGGUGGAGAGAGAAGAAGAAGAGCGCCACCGCCGCCGCCAGUGCGAACGCAUUUUAAUACGCGUUGUUAACUGUUAUACGCGAGAUAGAGAGAGAAACGUUUGAAACGGCAGCAAUAAAAAACCCGAGUAGAAACUCAUAUUCCACCACUGUUAUACACACACACAUACACACACACACACACACCAACCGCAUUCCAAUACAUUCCGCGAACAACAAAAAAAAGCCAAACGAAAAAAGAAAAACAAAACUCAACGAACAGAAAACGAAGCGAAAAGCGACGACAGUUGUAGACAAUAACUGUUCGAAAGUAGAAGUAGAAGAGAAAGAGAUAGAGAGAGAGGAGACAGAGAGGGAAGCGACGCUGUGGCCAGCGCAGCAAAAGUUGUUACGAAACUUGCCCUAAACUAAAAAAAAUAUAAUAAUAAUAUAAAUUACACAAAACAAAACCGAAAUCGAAGCUUUAAUAACAAAGAGAAGAAAAGUUGGUCACAGCGCAGCGUCCAUAUAACAGUAAUGCUCAAUUUUAUCCACUGUUAUACAGCACACACACACUUUUUUUAUACACACAAACACACUCUUAAUUAAUAUUACUUGUAGUCGAGAUACACGAAGGUUAAGUGCCUGUAAUAUGAAGUUGCAAUAUUUACAAAAAAAAAGAAGAAAAGAUUGUAUAAAGAACGAUAGAUUCGAUAGCAUCGUAAGUUUACAGGGUAUAACAGUUUGCCGAACAAAAGCCACAGCUCAACUAACACUUAAGAAACUGACAAAAAAGAAACAAAAUAAAUGCGAAUACGAAACAGGAGAAAGGAAAAGAAGAAUAUAGUUAAACCUUGUGCCAUGCCCACCAAUGCGAGCGAAAGAGACAGUAUGCGAACUGUCUGUGUUAGGUGGGGGAAAGAAGAAGAAGAGGAAGAAAAACGAGACGACGACGACGAACAGCAACAAAAUAUAACAAUUAUUUUUUUAUAUACAUUCUAUAUUCCAUGUUAGUGCUUAAAUCUAAUUUAUUAUACGAAGAACAAAACAAAAAAAACAAUGUAUAACAGUAUAACACGCCCUCCUAAUAAUGUAUAACAAAAAAACAAAAAUGUUGCGCAAUCUACUUCGAUAUAGAUAUAAUUAUAUGUAUAUAUAUAUAUAUGUGUUUAUAUAUAGCUCAAAUGGUAUUGAGAAACGCAAGUCUAACUUCAAUGCGUAUAACAGCUUAUAACUGUACUACGCAUAAAAAAAAAAACGAUGCAAUUAAAUGAAAAAGUGUUAUACAGCUGGCAAAUGCUACCUGUUAUACACUAGCACACUUAUGUUAAAAAUCUGUUAUACUUAACUGUAAACGCUUACACCGCCCCCGCCACGCCCACUCGACUAAUCAACUGAUUUACACGUAGUAAAGAAAUUAUUAAGAAAAAAA